AUGGACAUUACACCACCAUUUUUCGCCAUCGCGCCUGAAAAUCACGCAGCAUGGCUCGUCGUUGUAACCAUCACGUUCUUGAUCUACUCGAUCAUGGGAGUGACUGGAAAGGUGGUGGCUCGACUACGUCGAACUUCUCUUUCGCCGCUCAACCUUAAGGCCUACGACUGGACUGUUUUGGCAGCACUGGCAUUUGCGAUCGCCCAGUCAGUGCUGAUAGUGAACGCCUGUCAGAACGGCCUUGGACAACAUCAGGAUAUAGUUUCUGAUACAAACCUGGAUGCAGUCAGAAAGGAACUAUUCGCAGCCUCGCUGUUAUCGGUGGUGGUGCAUGUUCUGGGAAAGCUUUCAACAGUGCUCAUCAUCAUGGCCAUCAAUGCACGCAAAGACCUCCACAUCGCUUGCACUGCCGUCUUCGCGAUAAUAGCGAUGUGGGGAGUAGCAGCAAUUUUCAUCCUGUCUUUCAGGUGCGGCACUGAGAGCCCAUGGAACAGUAAUGAAGGCCGCUGCCUCAACAAUGCCCAAACCUUUGUGGGCAUUAACACUGUCAAUGUCUUGACUGAUAUCGCACUUGUGGUCCUGCCCUGCAUCAUGAUGUGGACUGUGCAGACGACUUUCGCCAUCAAGUUUCGAGUCAUCGGUCUCUUCGCGAGCAGAAUCGCAGUACCUGCGUUACUUAUACCGUCAACAGCCUAUUACGGUAGUGGCUCAUCGCUGAACAAUGAGACAUGGUUUCUUGUCGAGCCGUUGCUUUUGGGGCAAAUGGCACUCAAUACUUCCAUCCUUACCGCCUGCAUUCCGAGCCUAAAAGGUAUCAUCGACAUGUUUUGGUCCGGUGCUUCUGUCUUCACGAUGCCUGUCCAAUAUACACCAUCAUCUCAGCAAGGUAUGGUGUACGGGCAUCGGUCGAAGACCAGCGAGACACUGAAGGAUAAGAAGAAGAACAUGAGUCAGGACAGGAGUGAGAGUCAAGAGGAGUUGAGGCACGACUCUACUCCGCGCACGGUGGAUGGGGAUGACGGGAUCCGCUACCGAUAG